AUGGCUGGUCUUUGCCUUCAACAAGGUGAGGUAGCUAUCUCAUUAGGCACAAGUGAUACAGUUCUCGUUUCGGUGUCCCAGUAUACGCCUGCACUAGAAGGACAUAUCUUCCGAAAUCCAGUGGAUUUGAACGCUUUCAUGGGAAUGCUGUGUUUCAAAAAUGGAUCAUUUACAAGAGAUCGCAUUCGCAGAGCGAUCGGUGCAUCCGAUUGGGAAUCGUUUGCGGAAAUUCUUUCAAAAACACCACCUGGAAAUAAUGGAAAUAUUGGUUUUUAUUUUGAUGAUAAUGAAAUCGUACCAAAUGUCUCGCGUGGUGACUAUCGUUUC